AUGUCUUCUCACAAGGCUAAGAAGCGAAAGCUGGGCAACGACGAUGGACGUGCAGUGAACGUUAACAAGCUUGAUACGUCUAAACCUACGGCCGUCUUCACGGCAACAAAAGGGCAUCUCCGUCGUACGUCACUGGUUGUCCGACUCGUGUUUCCUCGUCCCGGUCCACCACUUCGAGCAUCACCUGAAUUUUCGGAAUUUCUCUCGCAUUUGUUCAUCUCUGGGACGGCUAACGAGAACAGUGCAGGUACGCGCGAGCUGAAGACGGUCCUAGCUGGACAGAUAGCGCGAGCGUGCGCCGUUUUCUGCGUCGAUGAGGUGGUGGUGUUUGAUGACGGCGCUGUCAAGGCUAGGCCUCCAGACGAAGAUGGCUACACAGGCUACACCGAUCCCAAUAACUUCCUCGUCCAAAUGCUGACCUACUUGGAAACGCCACCUCAUCUGCGCAGAACGCUCAUUCCAAAGCACGCCGAUUUCCAAUGUGCCGGAGUAGCGCCAAGCCUAGACAUGCCGCACCAUCUGAGAAGCGACGAAUGGUGCAUUUUUCGUGAGGGCGUCGCCUUACACCCUGGUGAAAACCGAGACGGCAACCCAGGCACCCUUGUGGAUUGCGGGCUACAGCAGAAGGUAUUCGUAGGCGUGCCGCUGGAGGAACGAUCACGAGUCACGGUAAAGCUGCCGGAUCAACCUCAAGCUGGACGACAAGAUAUGCUGCAUGGCGAAGCAGUGUCACCAGAUACGCCACGUGAGGAAGCCGGCUACUACUGGGGUUACAGUGUCCGGCAAGCCUCGUCCCUCGGUGCAGUCUUCACGGAGUGUCAGUACGACGGCGGUUACGACAUUAGCAUUGGCACGAGCGAGCGAGGCAUGUCUGUGCAGUCAGUCUUGUCAGCGGACUCUGUAUCGUGUGUACAGCCGACUUGGCAGCACCUGCUGAUCGUAUUUGGCGGUGUCGCAGGUUUGGAAGCUGCCUUGUCUGCAGACGCGGAAUUGCAAGCUGCCGGUGUCUCAGAAGCUAAAGAAGUUUUCGACAGAUGGCUUAAUGUGCUACCGCAGCAAGGCAGUCGAACUAUACGGACCGAAGAAGCUACAUGGAUAGCUCUGACGAGCCUUCGACCGCUCAUGGAGGCUCGUGCCGAAGCCGCUUGA